AUGGCUCCAACAGACCUGAGUAUUGUGUUGGGAACCAACAGCUUAAACAGCCCAUCCCUGGAAAUGAAGGCGGUCACCAGCAUAAUUCUUCACAAGAACUUUACAAGAAUCAACAUGGACAACGAUAUUGCCUUGCUGCUGUUGGACUCGCCCAUCACGUUCAGCGAGCUGAAAGAACCCAUCUGCAUGCCCACAAGUUCCAACCUCUCCUCAUGGCGUGAAUGCUGGGUGGCAGGAUGGGGACAGACCCAAAGUGAUGACAAAAACACUAUGACUACUGAUCUGAUGAAAGUACCAAUGAUCAUCGUGCACUGGGAAGAAUGUGUAAAGGAAUUUCCAAAACUUACCAGAAAUAUGCUGUGUGCCGGAUACAAGACUGAAAACUACGAUGCCUGCCAGGGUGACAGUGGGGGACCUCUGGUCUGCACCAAAGGAUCUGGCAGGACGUGGUACCAGGUGGGCAUCAUCAGCUGGGGAAGGAGCUGUGGACGAAAGAACAUUCCAGGAAUAUACACCUUGUUAGAAAAUUACAACUUCUGGGUCAAGAAAGUAACUGAGUUAGAAGGAAGGCCCUUCGAUGCUAAGAAAGUGAGAUCUCCUCCCAAAGAGAAACCAAGGAGCUCCCAGGCCUCAGAAUUCCCAAAGCCAGGAAGCCCCAGAUUCUGGCUCCUGCUCUGCCUUCUGUCCUACAAGCUAUUCUAGGCCAUUUUCUACCAAUAAUAAAACAGAUGCUAUUCCUUAACCAAGGAGGGUGUGUAAGAAUGUGCCACCAGCAGAGGGACUGGCUACAGAUUAGAGCUAAGGACUAGGAACUGAGGUUGAUAACAGAAAGUAGGACCAGAAAGUCAGACAGGCUGGGACCCUGGUUUGGGGACUGGGCUUUGGGUCCCUGCGUUAGUCAGGACUCUUUCCAUUGCAGGUGAGUUCUUGAACUCAAACUGUCUAAAGCCAAAAAGCAUUACUUAUAGAUGCGCAUGACAGAAAAAUCCCAGGAGUGGUAGGUUGGCUUUAGGCAUGGCUGAAUAUAGGGGCUCAAUAGAUAUUGACAGGGACUAUUUCUUGUUUGUAGCCAUUACCCUCAAAAAGGGCUUCCAAGUGGUGGCCAUAAUGACCACCAGUACUUCCAGUUCGCAUUCUACCAGCUUGGUAGCCCCAGGAGGAAGAAAGAGUCCUGUUCCUGACAAUUCCAGCAAAAUUCUGUGGUCUAACUCUUGUGACCACGGCCUGUUGCCGACUCAAUCACUGUGGCCAACAGUGGUACUCUUCUAGUCUAGGCCCGCGUCACCUGCCCACUCCAGGAGCCAGCAAAGGGCCAGCCAUCGAGAACUAUGUGAAUUGAUAGUGAGGGUAGGUAUUGCCGCACACAGAAAUCAGGGUGCUGUGAACAGAAAAAGAGAACUGGGUACUGGAGUGGUCCUUUGAUGGUGGACAUUCUGGCUGGCUGACCUCCAGGCCAGCCAAAUCCAAGGGUCUUGGGAGCUUCUGAAGAAAUGAUGUCCAGAGCUUGCUGCUUUAGGACUGCUGGGGGAGCAGGGCUAGAGCAGGGAAAAGGAGAACUGGGGAGCUUUGUCUCUCACAAUCUCUUUCUGAAAAAGUAUCAGCCAUGCUGUAGUUCAUGGGAAAACCACAAAUUUCCAUUUAAAGCUUUGCAUUUCCUGAAUUGCCACCACGUCUUCAGUGGAAGCCCAGGGAAUCCAAUGGAGAUCAGAGCCAGAGGAAAGAGGCACAGGGCAGCCAUUCAGUCUUGGUAUUGAGAACUCAGUGUCUGGUGCUGUGGGAGAUUCAGCAGAAAGCAGGAGCCCAUUCUCAAGGAGCUUCUUGGCAAACAGUGAUACACGCUACACUCAACCCUUCCGACCGAGUUCUAGAGGGCGUGGGAGCUGAGAAUCCUGUGGAGUGCAGAGGAGGCUAUCACCACGAGCCAGCAGAACCCAGAAGGCUCCUAAGAAGGGCGGCACCAAGAAGGAGGGUCAGCUGUAGGGAGAAGUAAGGGUGCCUCUCCAGGCAUGGGGAGAGAGCCAGUGAGGGCCGGGUGGGGCUAAGCAUUGUCAGUUUGGCUCAAGAAUAUACCUGAAGUGAGAACCGGUAACAAGCUGGGAACGAGAGAAAGAGAGCAGACUCUGAUGCUCCAAAAGAGAGGACUCCCAAGACAGAGACUGAAAAUAAGAUGAUUAAAAAAAGGAGGAUCCUUAGGAAAAAUUAAAGUUGCCCGAGAGAGGUGAAAAUGAGUUGUUGUCCUCAAAGUAAGUGUAAGCAUGGGCACAUUCCUAACUCUAACACAUGUGAGCAACGUGAACCACUGUGUGAAGGAUAGCUGGGGAGUGUGAUGGUUAAUUUUACUUGGAGGGUGUUUUUGGAAGAGAUUAACAUUUAAAUAAAUGCCUUCUAUAACGUAGGUGGGCUUCAUCCAACUAGUUGAAGGCCUACAUAGAACAAAAAGACCAUCCUCCCCAGGCAGGAGGGAAUUGCUCUAGCAGACUGCCUUUGGAUUGCACCUGCACUAACGUCUCUCCCAGGUCUCCACCUGCUGGGCUUCGGACUUUAUCACCAUCAGCUCUCCUGGGUCUUGAGCCUGCCAGCCCACCCUGCAGAUCUGGG